AUGGAGGAACUUUGUUACAGCUUGGAGCAAGCAGACUCCAUUCCUGAAUUUUUCUUCUGGGACCAGGCAGAUCCCAAUGCUCAGCUGGAUAACUUCCUAGCGGACUGCUCCUCCCUGGCAGACCAGCUCUUGUCUUGGCCCUCCCCUCUCGUCCCCGGCGCCCCGGGGGGUGCUGAAGCGGACAGCUCCCCUCCUCCGCCGGCUCCGGGCCCCGCCGCCCUGCCGCCACCUGCGCCCCGCCGCCAGCGGCAGGCCGCCAACGUCCGCGAGAGGAAGAGGAUGCUCAGCAUCAACUCGGCCUUCGACCAGCUCCGCUGCCACGUACCCACCUUCCCAUACGAGAAGCGUCUGUCCAAGAUUGACACGCUGCGGCUAGCCAUCGCCUACAUCGCUCUCCUCAGCGAGAUCCUUCUCUCCGGCUGUGAUCCCAAAUCCUAUGUGGAGAGGUGCCUGAAGAACGGUGUGCAAAGCCAGCAGCGGGCAACCUGGAAUACAAGCGAUCUGACAGCCCGCCUGUCUUGGGUGAAGUGGGAUUAA